AUGCAGGGCGUGGAGCUGGCGCCCCGCUCCGCAGAGCCCGGCUAUCUAGUGACGAAAGUGGUAGCGGUGGACCGAGACUCAGGCCAGAAUGCCUGGCUGUCCUACCGCCUGCUCAAGGCCAGUGAGCCAGGGCUCUUCACGGUGGGGCUGCACACGGGAGAGGUGCGCACGGCGCGGGCCCUGCUGGACAGAGAUGCACUCAAGCAGAGCCUGGUGGUGUCCGUCCAGGACCAUGGCCAGCCCCCUCUCUCAGCCACCGUCACGCUCACCAUAGCCGUGGCUGACAGCAUCCCAGACGUCUUGGCUGACCUGGGCAGCUUCGAACCCUCGGCCAACCCGGAUGAUUCAGACCUCACACUGUACCUGGUUGUGGCUGUGGCCGCGGUCUCCUGCAUCUUCCUCGCCUUUGUCAUAGUGUUGCUGGCACUGAGGCUGCGGCGCUGGCGCACCUCAAGUCAGUUUCAGGCUGAGAGGAUCGGAUUGGCUGGCAUGCCUGCUUCUCACUUUGUGGGCGUGGACGGGGUGCGGGCUUUCCUUCAGACCUAUUCCGGGGAAAUCUCCCUCACUGCGGACUCGCGGAAGAGUCACGUGAUCUUCCCCCAUCCCAACUAUGCCGACACGCUCGUUAGCCAGGAGAGCUGUGAGAAAAAUGAGGCUUUAUGCGUUUCAGAUGAUUCCAAGUUUCCUAUAGAAGACACUCCUUUGGUUCCAGUGAGUUCAGUUUUUCCUUUGCUUUCUAUUACCAUUGGUUUUCUCUUUGAGUGUUUGCACUUAAGAAAGACUGGGACCGAGCGAGAACUGGAGCGCGCAAUGGGAGGGAGCUGCGCGCGGAGGCGCCCGGCCGGCCCGCGGCAGGUACUGUUUCCCUUCCUGCUGCCUUUGUUCUACCCCGCGCUCUCCGAACCGAUCCGCUACUCGAUUCCUGAGGAGCUGGCCAAGGGCUCGGUAGUCGGGAACCUCGCCAAGGAUCUAGGGCUCAGUGUCCUGGAUGUGUCGGCUCGGAAGCUGCGAGUUAGCGCAGAGAAGCUGCUUUUCAGCGUAGACGCGGAGAGCGGGGAGCUACUUGUGAAGGACCGAAUAGACCGUGAGCAGAUGUGCAAAGAGAGAAGAAGAUGUGAAUUGCAGUUGGAAGCCGUGGUGGAAAAUCCUUUAAAUAUCUUUCAUAUCGUUGUGGUUGUUGAGGAUAUUAAUGACCAUGCCCCUCAAUUUGAUAAAAAGGAAAUACAUUUAGAAAUUUUUGAGUCUGCAUCCCUAGGUGCACGACUAUCCCUUGACCCUGCCACUGACCCUGAUAUAAACAUGAACUCGAUUAAAGAUUAUCAGAUAAAUUCUAACCCUUAUUUCUCAUUAAUGGUUAGAGUUAAUUCCGAUGGUGGCAAAUAUCCAGAGUUAUCUUUGGAGAAACCUCUAGACCGGGAAGAGAAGCGGUUUCAUCACUUGAUAUUGACUGCCUUGGACGGAGGGGACCCGCCACGAAGUGCCACUGCUCAAAUAGAAAUCUUUGUCAAGGACACCAAUGAUAACUCGCCAGUGUUCAGCAAAGACGAAUAUAGAAUCAGUGUUAGUGAAAAUCUGCUCCCUGGGUCCUCCGUGUUGCAGGUGACAGCCACUGACCAGGACGAGGGUGUCAAUGCCGAAAUAAACUACUACUUCAGGAGCACCGCUCAGAGUACAAGACACAUGUUCUCAUUGGAUGAGAAAACAGGUAUGAUUAAGAAUAACCAGUCAUUGGAUUUUGAGGAUAUAGAAAGAUACACUAUGGAAGUGGAAGCAAAGGAUGGAGGUGGUCUCUCGACCCAAUGUAAAGUAAUCAUAGAAAUCCUAGACGAAAACGACAACAGCCCAGAAAUAAUCAUCACUUCUCUCUCUGAUGAGAUUUUGGAGGAUUCUCUUCCAGGAAUGGUUGUUGCCAUCUUCAAAACACGGGAUCGGGAUUUUGGAGAAAAUGGAGAAGUCAAGUGUAAUGUAGGAAGAGGGGUUCCUUUCAAGAUUUCUUCUUCUAAUAAUAAUUACUACAAGCUGGUAACAGAUGGAUUCUUGGACCGAGAGCAGACUCCAGAGUACAACAUCACCAUCACAGCCACUGACAGGGGCAAGCCGCCCCUCUCCUCCAGCACUACCAUCACUCUGCACAUCGCCGACAUAAACGACAACGCACCAAUUUUCCACCAAGCCAACUACGUGGUCCACGUGGCUGAGAACAACCCGCCCGGCGCCUCCAUCGCCCAAGUCAGCGCCUCAGAUCCCGACCUGGGACCCAACGGCCGCGUCUCCUACUCCAUCGUGGCCAGCGACCUGGAGCCGCGGGCGCUGUCGUCCUACGUGUCGGUGAGCGCGCAGAGCGGGGUGGUGUUCGCGCAGCGCGCCUUCGACCACGAGCAGCUGCGCGCCUUCGAGCUGACGCUGCAGGCCCGCGACCAGGGCUCGCCCGCGCUCAGCGCCAACGCGAGCCUGCGCGUGCUGGUGGGCGACCGCAACGACAACGCGCCAAGGGUGCUGUACCCGGCGCUGGGGCCCGACGGCUCGGCGCUCUUCGACACGGUGCCGCGCGCCGCGCAGCCCGGCUACCUGGUCACCAAGGUGGUGGCGGUGGACGCCGACUCGGGACACAACGCCUGGUUGUCCUACCACGUGCUGCAGGCCAGCGAGCCCGGACUCUUCAGCCUGGGGCUGCGCACGGGCGAGGUGCGCACGGCGCGUGCUUUGGGCGACAGGGACGCGGCCCGCCAGCGCCUGCUGGUCGCCGUGCGGGACGGGGGACAGCCGCCCCUCUCGGCCACCGCCACGCUGCUCCUGGUCUUCGCAGACAGCCUACAAGAGGCACUGCCGGACCUCGGCGACCAUCCUGCACCCUCUGAGCCCCAGGCUGAGCUGCAGUUUUACCUGGUGGUGGCCUUGGCCUUGAUCUCCGUGCUCUUCCUGCUCGCGGUGAUUCUGGCCAUUGCCCUGCGCCUGCGACGCUCCUCCAGCCCCGCCGCCUGGGGCUGCUUUCAGCCUGGUCUCUGUGUCAAGUCUGGACCUGUGGUUCCCCCCAACUACAGCGAAGGGACUUUACCUUAUUCCUACAAUUUGUGCGUUGCCCAUACUGGAAAGACAGAGUUUAAUUUCCUGAAAUGCAAGUGGGAAUGCUUUAACUCCACAUCCUGA